ACAAGAUAUAUAUGCAUAUUUACUAAAUAAACAAUUACCUCAAGAAAUAUUUAAAAUGAUAAUGAAACAUCCUAAUACCAAAGCAACAAUAUUAGAAACACCUAGGAAAAUGAAUAAACAAAAAGAAAAACAAAUAACAGAAGUAUAUAUACUUAGAAAAUAUUCUGGCGAUCUAAUAGCCAAAGAUAAAGAACUAUACGUAUCAAUCGAAAAACGAAUAGAUGCAAUGCUUAAUGAUUAUACAUCAAAAAAUCUACUACCAGAUAUAGAAAUAAUAAACCUCACAGAACAAAUGAACCAAUUAAUGAUCCAAGAUAGAGAGCACUACCAAGAUCCUAAAGAAGAAAAAUUCCAAAAAAGGAUCAGAGAACAAAAACGUGAAAGAACGUUACAAAUAACAAAUAAAUUCCUAAACAAAUAUAGAACUGAAGAAAUAACUAAAAAGAAAAAAUAUCACCUCUAA